AUGCAUGUCUGUGCACUAACAGUUCGCAUGCCUGGAGCCAUAAUGUUUAAACUCUUAAACCUGGAACGAUUGCUGUUUCGGUUUUCAGGAGUACAUUUUUGUGUUUCGCGAAGGGCCUUUCCGGACGGAAUGGAGUGCCCUGUGUGCCAGAAGAUGCAGAACAAGGCUCAGCGGCAGCCGGCUCAGUUGAAAGCCCGAGCAGCAUGCUUGCCGGAUGGGCGCAAUUGUUGCAAGCAAUGUGACCAGGAUGGGGCCUGCAUCACCCGCCCGAUGCAGCAGCAAGUCAAGGCACUUUUGCAGUCCGUGUGCGAGCUCCGGAUUCGGAUGGAUGAUUUGGUGGCCGACCUCUCCGAGAUUCUGAUCCGGUUGCAUGGGCAAGGCACUGCUGUUUUGGAUGCGCAGCAUGACAAAUUCCAUAAAAAACGUGCGAAGCAGGGCAUCCGGGCGGUUGGCAACGACGUGCUCAAGUAUGGGAUGAUGCUGUUGGCGCCAAAGGGCUGUGGAGGAAACUGGAAUUACAAAAAAUGGGUCGGCUGGACGCUUGAUGGAGGCUGCACUCUACAAGUUUCUUCUUGUUAA